AUGCGCCUCCUCUGUCUUUUUCACACUCUCAACCUUCAAGGGAAGGUUACAGCAUACAAUUUCUACAAGUCAUUGGAGCUGAUGACGGAUAACACGGGUCUCCUGAAACUUUUGGACCGUCUUCCUGCCUUCAUGCUCAUGGUGAGGCAGUGGCGUCACAUCAAAAUGGCUAAGUGUGCAGGCCAUAGCUAUGACAGCGGAAGUAUCAGCUCCACCAACCCUGGGGCUUUGGCCGUCCAGUGUCGAGCCUGCCUGCAUUCUGGCAUCAAUUUAUCUGACAGAUGGAAGGAUUCUUCUAGUGCAGAUAGAUGGCUAUAUACACUCUUCAUCUCACACGAAGCCAAUUUUCGCCUCUCAAAUUGUGUGCAUGCUUGUGACCAGCGAGACCUCUGGCUUGCACCCGGCAUGGUGUACUUCGUCCACAACGAGCAAUAUGCAGAUUUCAUCAAGAAUUUCAUCAAACAAGAGGAGAUCCGCACCUGUGUUGGGUUUGCCGCGCUGAUGAAUACUCUGAAUCGAAAGGCGAAGGGCUUGCGAUCUACUGGAGUGGGCAGUGUGAGCUGCUCGCGGCAUGAGCUUUUUCGACCAAUGGGAUUAGGUGACUUGCAAAAGGGCGAACGGUAUUGCAACAUGGACUAUAUAUUCAUCUCCAGUGUUAAGUCCGUCGAGGUCAAGAGGCUUAUCGUGUCGUAUGACAUAGCCUGCUAA